AUUCGGGUUGAAACCACCCCCUAUAUUUAACUGCCAGUUGGGCUCCCCUCGGCACCCCUUAAACAAGGCCUAGCCUACUCAUAUUCCUUCUAAAAAACUGUUUCUUAUCAAUUACAGUGCUUGCAACUGGACACAUUCUACCAUCUAUAUGACUUUCUUGUGUUAACUGUGUCUUUUUUCUGUGAACUGUGCGAGAGAUCCUUCUUAGCUUAUUGAUUUUUUCUUCUUUUUUUGGCGAUUGAUUUCGAUUUCUAAGAGUAACAACGUCAAUGAUAAUUUGUGAUUGAUGAAGUUAUGGUAUGUCUUCCACAAUAAAAACUCGUCCACAGAUUCCAUGGAAACAAUCUCAGUCAUCAUGAUAAUACCGCCAAGAAUUUCAUCAUCGUCAAGCUCUCCUAAAAGACUAAAAUUGCCAUGAAUCGUCCACUCCUAUUUUCCUUUUCCGCACUUUUCAUGUUAUGAUGGUAUAACAAAUCUUCUUAAAAACACUUAAAACCUGUAAAAAAUGGAUUUAACGUCCAUUAGAGUUUGUGUAAUAAACAAACCACUAACUAAAGCAAUACCAUAUAUUGAUUUGAAGAUGACAGACAAUAUUAUAACGUAGUAUUUUGUACCUAUCGAUGUUUUUAUAUUCACGCCGAAUCAUUGUUAUUUGUUGAUUAUUGUAAACGAUGUCCGACACAAGAUUUUAUAAUAUUUUUAGAUGUUAGUUAUUCGAGAUGUGUUGCUAAUUUUCAUUUCAAUCAAAACUGAAGGAAAGCCCUUUAUCAAUCUUUGUACAUAAUAAUAAUAACGUACAAAACUUGAGCAAACAACCUCAAAAAAUAAUCAGAAUUAAUCUAACUUAAUCUUGUAAUAUUUGUGAAUACUACGAUGAUAUUUUUGUACGUAACCAGGUUUUUCAUGAAUUUUCCAAAAAAGCCCACCCAUUCUUUUCGCAAUUAUUUCUAAAAUUUCCAAAAAUUAAGACUAUGUAUGCUGCAGCAGGGGGCGCUUCGCUCGCUAGCAGACAGGCCAGACAAAAGCAAAAACAAAACAAGCAAAAGCAACAAAAGCAGAUCAAAGCAACAGAGUUAUCAUCGAAACCGCCGCAAGCCAAAAAUUUUCAAAACUAUACAGACCCACUAGUUCCUAGACUUUCUCGAGUAGAAAGGGGCACUCUAAAACCUGCUCCACCAAAUGAAAGAAGACAUUCAACUUCUAAUUACCAUCUUAAAGAACCUCAGCAUAGGUCUAGAAUUCGAGAAAGCCCUUCAAUAUCCAUUCCAGUACAAAAUAUACCCGCACAACCCCUUAGCCCCCAACAUCAUCCACCUCAUUUACCCUUAUUGUCUACUCCUUCUCUUCAAGGUCAACUGCCUCAAAUUUGUAUUCCUGAAGAUGGAAACUUGGAGAGGAGAUGCAGCUUCGUCCGACAAGUUGAAGAAAUGGAAAAACAUCAAGAGCAAGGUUUAUUGAAUAACUGCAAUCAUAUUUGUAAUGUUGAUUUCAAAGAAAAACAAUGGGAUGAUAAAUUUUACAUGGAAUAUGAUAGAAGUGCAUUCGGAAGUUUGGAAUAUCCGUUUUCUGAGUGUUCACAGGGUCGAGCCGCAUGGCAGGAACGUGAAAGAGACAGACGCUGUUCGCUCUCCGAGGAAGCGCGGCAACAUCGUAUCAAGCAAACGGAAGCCCAUCAUCGAUGGAUGAAAAGAAACAGGAUACAUGAUUCAAGUUAUGGCGUUGGAUCGGACGAAGACGACUUCUUCAGUGUUUAUCAUCAGAGUGCAGCAGCGAACGCACUCCUUUACGUGGGUUUAGGAACUACAGCAAUAGGCAGUGUAAUCUUCUUCGUAGGAACUGGCGAAAAAGGUUUCAAAACAUUAGAAUUACGACUAAUUGGACCUACUUUAAUAGCAUGCGGCCUAUUGUGUUGCCUAAUUCGGGUGUUAUUAUGUGCCGUGCCGUCUACUUGUUUUAGAAAUCGUAAAAAGACUAGACUUAAAGCAAACGCUUGUCCUCACGGAUCAAAUAAAUAUUUGACGAGUAAAUUUAGUUGUGCGCAUGAUGCCGAUUUCGUAAAAGUAGAUAAGACUUCCCACAGAAAAAGCAAAAAGAAAGUUUCCAUAGUUCCGCCUAACCAUUCGUUGCCUAGUACUAGUACCGCAGAAUAUAAGGAGUUACCUCAGUCAGCUACCAAGAUCUCCAUACCCGAGAUCCAUCUACCGAGUAGCUUCAGUGAAGAAGGGAAUAAAUCUCCAAGGGACGAAGACUCCAUUAUUGAGCUCCAGACUCUAGACUUAGUCUACGAUAUUCAAAGUUUAUCUAGUUCCGAUAGUGCCAGUGAAACUAAACCGGUGAUCGUUACUGAUAAAAACACAUCGAAAUUUAUGAAAUCGAGGGAACCUGAGAAUAUUACUCAAGGCGACAAUACCGAGACUUGUCUGAGUGUUGUUUUAGAAAGAAAUGACAAUAGUGAAAGUAGUGAUGGAGACAAGGAAAAAACUACUAGUGAAAAACAUACACACAGCGGUAUUGUAUUAAGUCCUUUGCAGUUAGGACAAUAAUGUAUUGUUUAAAGUAUUUAUGAAUAUUAUGUUGAGACCAGUAUGUGAAAAUAUGAAUGAAUAUCAUUUUACUUCUUGUUUAUUAUUGUGAAAAACGUAUAUAUAAAUUCAACAUCUUAUAAAUUUUGUACCCUUUAGCUAUAUAAAGAUGUUUAAAUUGGCCGAUUACUUUUCAAUUUUGAUGAAUAUCAUACUUUCUAUUUAUUUAUGUAUUAGCAGAGAGUUUGGACGUUGGAAGUUACUAUCGGAUGCAAAUUCUCUAUUUUUUGCUUAUACAAAUAUCGUAAAUUAUCUUUAACCUCGAAUAAAUCUACAUUUGAGGUUAUGAUGUCCGAAAACCUAAACCAGAGCUUCGAAAAUAAUCGAUUAUUUUACGAGAAACCAAGCGUAAUAUGUGUUUAAGGAUUACGAGAGAAAAAUAAUAAUCGAUUAUUUUCGUUUGCUUUAGCAGUAUUAGUUACCAUCAUAUAAUGAAUUUUCGCUCAUCACAGAAUGACAGAAAACUGCUUCAUGAAGCAUUUCUGCAUUUUAGCAUGUUUAGAGGUGUUGAAGAAUCGAUCGCUAAGCUUAUUUCUAAAUUCAAACUAUUCCAGAGUGAUUCAUUGCAAUUUGUACACGUUUCCUGACUUUUUGAAACACUUAUUGUUGCUCCCACCGCAAUAAGGAAGUGAUUUAAUCUCUUAUCUAUGAGGAUGAUUCCAGAAGUACCUAGCCACACAAAGAAAACACAAGGAUUUUGCAAAUUUUCAAAUUAAGUUAGCUGUAAGAAAUACGUCACUUUUCAUAGCAGUUGUAGAAAAAACUUAUUUUUUAGAUGACACCAUCUGAAAGUUGUUCGUUCUGUAUUCAUUUACAUACCGAAAAUUGCGUUUCGUGUGUUUCAUGUAGAGAAAGUGACAGUUCCGUACUGCAAAAUACUUUCGGGACGCUCUGGAGUAGAUAACUUCAACUUCCUUAAAUGUGACUCUAGCCACUUUACUAGAAUCCACGCCACUUGAUCUCACCGAAGAAAGCAAUGCGGACGUUCUUAAUUCGUUGCCGGAUACAUAUCGUGCAAGGUACGAAAAACAAUACGAGCUCUUUAUGAAGUGGUGUCACCAGAAAAAGGCGAAAAAUCCAACGGAAAAUGUAGUGCUCGCUUAUUUUUCAGAAAAAUCUAGAAUCUAGAAAAGUUCUACUUUAUGGUCUACAUUCUCGAUGAUUAAAAGUACUCUCGCAAUAAAACAAUAUGUUCACAUCAACAAAUAUCCAAAACUCAUCAAUUUCCUGAAGAAACAAAACACAGGGUACACUGUAAAAAAACAAAAA